ACAAUGCAUUUGUUAAAAACAAAAACUACACUCGUCUUGAGAAUGUCGAAAAUCAAAAGAAAUUAGCAAAAGAAAAAAAGAUAAAUAAAUAAAUAAAAAAAGUGUUGCAGCAAAAAGUCAAAGAAAAUAUAUCGACACACAUACGUAUUACAAGUUGCAACAGCAACAUCAACAGCAGCAACAUCACCAGCAUCAACAACAACAACAACAACAUCAACAACAUAAAGCAUCAAGACGGCCACAAAAUGUUGUACACGCUAAGCAAAGCAACAACAAGAAUUCGACUCAAAAGGCAGCAGCAACAUUACAAAACAACAACAACAGCAGCAGCAACAAAAGCAACUCAGCAACAUUGCUGGCUUUGGAGCUUCGCACUUUUGGCUGCAUUUUGUGCGCAGCAAGUCCAUGGCGCCGAUUUGGCCAUUAGCAUACCGAAUAAUCCGGGCCUAGACGAUGGUGCCUCAUAUCGGCUGGACUAUAGUCCGCCCUUUGGUUAUCCGGAGCCAAACACAACGAUUGCCUCACGGGAUAUUGGCGAUGAGAUUCAAUUUUCACGCGCUUUGCCCGGCACCAAAUACAAUUUCUGGCUGUAUUACACAAAUUUUACUCAUCAUGAUUGGCUUACAUGGACGGUGACCAUAACGACGGCACCCGAUCCGCCGUCAAAUCUCUCCGUGCAGGUGCGCAGCGGCAAGAAUGCAAUAAUUUUAUGGUCACCGCCCACGCAAGGCAGUUAUACGGCAUUUAAGAUUAAGGUGCUUGGCCUAUCGGAGGCAUCGAGCAGCUAUAAUCGCACCUUCCAGGUCAGCGAUAAUACAUUCCAGCACAGUGUCAAGGAACUGACACCGGGCGCCACAUAUCAGGUGCAGGCCUAUACCAUUUACGAUGGCAAGGAAUCUGUGGCCUAUACGAGUCGUAACUUUACCACAAAACCCAAUACGCCUGGAAAAUUCAUAGUGUGGUUCCGCAAUGAAACAACAUUGCUGGUGCUGUGGCAACCUCCGUAUCCGGCGGGAAUUUACACGCAUUAUAAGGUUUCGAUAGAGCCGCCAGAUGCGAAUGACAGUGUGCUUUAUGUGGAGAAGGAGGGAGAACCUCCGGGUCCGGCUCAAGCGGCAUUCAAGGGUCUAGUGCCGGGACGUGCCUACAAUAUAUCGGUGCAAACAAUGUCCGAGGAUGAGAUAUCGUUGCCAACAACAGCACAAUAUCGCACGGUGCCGUUACGACCCUUAAAUGUGACAUUCGACAAGGAUUUCAUCACAUCCAAUUCGUUUCGGGUGCUUUGGGAAGCGCCCAAGGGCGUUUCCGAGUUUGACAAAUAUCAAGUAUCCGUGGCGACAACACGACGUCAAUCGACAGUUGCCCGCAGCAAUGAACCGAUUGCUUUCUUCGAUUUCCGUGACAUUGCCGAGCCGGGCAAGACCUUCAAUGUGAUUGUGAAGACGGUAUCCGGAAAGGUCACAUCCUGGCCAGCGACUGGCGAUGUCACUUUGCGACCUCUGCCCGUUCGCAAUUUGCGUAGCUUCAAUGAUGACAAAACCAACACCAUGAUCAUCACCUGGGAGGCAGAUCCAGCCAGCACCCAGGAUGAGUAUCGCAUUGUCUACCACGAGCUGGAGACCUUCAAUGGCGAUACGAGCACUCUAACAACGGAACGUACACGCUUUACCUUGGAGAGCCUGUUGCCCGGACGUAAUUAUUCGCUGUCCGUUCAGGCGGUUUCCAAGAAAGUGGAAUCGAAUGAGACGAGCAUCUUUGUUGUAACACGACCCUCUUCCCCGAUCAUUGAGGAUCUGAAGAGCAUACGCAUGGGCCUCAACAUUAGUUGGAAGAGCGAUGUUAACUCCAAGCAGGAACAGUACGAGGUGCUUUACUCCCGCAAUGGUACCAGCGAGGUGCGCACUCUUAUCACUAAGGAAUCCCGCUUGGUUAUCAAGAAUCUUCAGCCUGGUGCUGGCUAUGAGCUUAAAGUGUUUGCUGUUAGUCACGAGCUGAGAAGUGAACCUCAUGCCUACUUCCAGGCAGUCUUUCCCAAUCCUCCCAGGAACAUGACCAUUGAAACGGUGCGCAGCAAUUCUGUUCUUGUGCAUUGGUCGCCACCGGAGAGUGGUGAAUUCACCGAGUAUUCCAUACGUUAUCGCACAGACAGUGAACAGCAAUGGGUGCGAUUGCCGAGCGUGAGAUCAACCGAGGCAGACAUCACAGACAUGACUAAAGGAGAAAAGUACACGAUUCAGGUGAACACGGUUAGUUUUGGCGUCGAGAGUCCAAAUCCCCAGGAGGUCAACACUACGGUACCGCCGAAUCCAGUUUCCAAUAUCAUUCAACUAGUCGACUCGCGCAACAUAACACUCGAGUGGCCCAAACCGGAGGGACGUGUCGAGUCCUAUAUACUCAAGUGGUGGCCUAGUGAUAAUCCUAGUCGUGUGCAGACGAAGAACGUCUCGGAGAAUAAGUCGGCUGACGAUCUGUCGACGGUGCGUGUGCUAAUCGGAGAUUUAAUGCCUGGUCUGCAGUACAAGUUUGACAUACAGACGACCUCGUAUGGCAUUCUAUCGGGCAUAACGAGUCUUUAUCCACGCACGAUGCCUUUGAUACAGUCCGAUGUUGUGGUGGCCAAUGGCGAAAAGGAGGAUGAAAGAGAUACGAUCACAUUGAGCUAUACUCCAACACCACAAUCGUCAUCCAAAUUCGAUAUCUAUCGCUUCUCGCUGGGCGAUACAGAGAUCAAGGAUAAGGAGAAGCUGGCAAAUGAUACGGAUCGUAAGGUGACCUUCACGGGAUUAAUACCGGGUCGUCUCUACAACAUCACCGUGUGGACAGUGAGCGGUGGUGUGGCAAGUUUGCCCAUACAACGACAGGAUCGCUUAUAUCCCGAGCCGAUCACUCAACUGCAUGCCACCAAUAUCACAGAUACGGAAAUCUCACUGCGCUGGGAUCUACCCAAGGGGGAAUACAAUGACUUUGACAUUGCCUAUUUGACGGCUGACAAUCUGUUGGCCCAAAACAUGACGACACGCAAUGAAAUAACGAUCAAUGACUUGCGACCCCAUCGGAAUUACACCUUCACAGUCGUUGUACGAUCGGGCACCGAAUCGUCGGUACUACGAAGUAGUGCACCGCUUUCGGCUAGCUUUACCACCAAUGAGGCGGUACCGGGACGUGUGGAACGCUUCCAUCCGAUGGAUGUGCAACCGAGUGAGAUCAAUUUCGAAUGGUCGUUGCCCUCAAGCGAGGCAAAUGGCGUGAUUCGACAAUUCUCGAUCGCUUAUACCAAUAUCAAUAAUAUGACGGAUGCGGGUAUGCAGGACUUUGAUUCCGAAGAGUCCUUUGGCGUUAUUAAGAAUCUCAAGCCCGGUGAGACGUAUGUAUUUAAGAUACAAGCCAAAACCGCUAUUGGCUAUGGCCCGGAGCGAGAGUAUAAACAAACGAUGCCAAUUUUGGCACCACCACGUCCAGCUACCCAAGUGGUGCCCACUGAAGUCUAUCGCAGCUCAUCCACCAUACAGAUCCGAUUUAGAAAGAACUAUUUCUCCGAUCAGAAUGGACAGGUGCGCACGUAUACGAUCAUUGUGGCCGAGGAUGAUGCGAAGAAUGCCUCGGGAUUGGAAAUGCCCAGUUGGCUGGAUGUGCAAUCGUAUAACACUUGGUUGCCCUAUCAGGUCAUUGAUCCCUAUUAUCCCUUCGAAAAUCGAUCGGUUGAGGACUUUACCAUCGGCACCGAUAAUUGUGAUAAUCAUAAGAUCGGCUAUUGCAAUGGACCACUCAAAUCGGGCACUACGUAUCGUGUUAAAGUGCGCGCUUUUACCGGACCCGAUAAAUUCACGGAUACCGCUUACAGUUUUCCCAUACAGACAGAUCAGGAUAAUACCUCGCUGAUUGUGGCUAUAACGGUGCCAUUAACGAUUAUUUUGGUGCUGCUGGUGACGUUGAUGUUUUACAAGCGUCGUCGCAACAAUUGCCGUAAGACGACCAAGGACUCGAGGGCCAAUGAUAAUAUGUCCCUGCCGGACAGUGUGAUUGAACAGAAUCGCCCGAUAUUGAUCAAGAACUUUGCGGAACAUUAUCGUCUCAUGUCCGCCGAUUCGGAUUUCCGUUUCAGCGAGGAAUUUGAGGAAUUGAAGCAUGUGGGUCGCGAUCAACCUUGCACAUUCGCUGAUCUACCCUGUAAUCGUCCAAAGAAUCGUUUCACCAACAUUCUACCCUAUGAUCACUCACGCUUCAAGUUGCAACCCGUCGAUGAUGAUGAGGGAUCCGAUUAUAUCAAUGCCAACUAUGUGCCCGGUCACAAUUCGCCGCGUGAAUUCAUUGUGACCCAGGGACCACUACACUCAACCAGGGAUGACUUCUGGCGCAUGUGCUGGGAGAGCAAUUCACGUGCCAUUGUCAUGUUGACCCGCUGCUUUGAGAAGGGUCGCGAAAAGUGCGAUCAAUAUUGGCCAAAUGAUACGGUGCCGGUAUUUUAUGGUGACAUCAAGGUGCAAAUACUCAACGAUAGUCACUACGCCGACUGGGUGAUGACCGAGUUCAUGCUGUGUCGGGGCAGUGAACAGCGCAUAUUGCGUCACUUUCACUUCAUCACCUGGCCGGACUUUGGGGUACCGAAUCCGCCACAGACGCUGGUGAGAUUCGUGCGCGCCUUUCGCGAUCGCAUCGGUGCCGAGCAGCGUCCAAUAUUGGUGCACUGCAGCGCUGGCGUUGGCAGAUCGGGCACCUUUAUCACAUUGGAUCGCAUUCUACAGCAGAUCAAUACGUCCGAUUAUGUGGACAUCUUUGGCAUUGUCUAUGCCAUGCGCAAAGAGCGCGUUUGGAUGGUGCAAACGGAGCAGCAAUAUAUCUGCAUACAUCAGUGCCUGUUGGCGGUGCUGGAGGGCAAGGAGAAUAUUGUGGGUCCGGCGCGUGUUAUGGAUGACAAUGAGGGCUUUGAAGAUGACGAGGGCAUCGCGGAGUCGGGCAUGUAGGAGGGGCCCUCCCCUGCCACCCUUAGGAACAACUAAAAUCAACCCAGCAAUUUGUGGAAUCCCCCCGUCUAGAAGAAGAAGAAGAAGAAGCAACCAUGUGGCAAACUUCAUACAAUUAAAUUUACUUAAGUAAACUCGAAAAGCAACGCUUGAUAUUAUACUUGAUACAUCAUACAUACAUAUAUCGUAUAUCAUAUUACGUAUAUCGUAUAUCGUACUAUACGAAACACUCGAAUGGAUUGGAUGCGCAAUAAUUCAACUUUUAUACCUAUAUAUACUAUAUAUAUAUAUAUAUACUAUAUGACAAAUAUUUCUCAAAAAUACACACCACACAAAAAUAUCAUAAAACAAGAAGAAUCUUCGGCAUUCCGAAGUUUACAAACUUUUGCAGAGGACUUUUAUAUAGCAGCUAUAUGCUACAGUAUUCCAAUUUUACUGUAGCAUAUACUAAUAAUGGGAUUUAUGAUGCAUAAUUAAAAUAUCUUUAAUAACAGAUAUGGAUUUCAUAGAAACUGAAACUUGAUCAGGAUUUGUAGGACAAGCUAUAAUUCGGUUUUCCCGAGUUUAAUUGAGAUAUCUUUAAAAAAAAAGAAAAAUUACCAUACAAAAACUCAAUUUCCGACCUUUUGUUAAUAUGACAGUUUAAUGUUAUAGUAGUCAAUUUUAAAUAAAACUUGGUCACCAUUUGCAAUAUGAGUAAUUACUGAAUUCUAUUGAGUAUGAUUGAAAUAUCUUGAGAAACUUUCGCACACAUAAACUAACUUUUUGACCGAUUGUUCUUACUGGAUGCCAGUUGUGAAAAAAGCCUUUUUUAAACAAUUUUUCUGAUUACAUCCAUUACCGAUGGAGAUCAAAUAGUUCUUGCUGCUAAUAAAAUUGGAAUAUUCUCUGCAUGGGUGUAAAUCGUAAAAAAAUUAAAAUAUCUACUAAAGAUCCAAUCCUGUAUUUGUAUCUGUAUUUGUAUUGUAAUUUGUAAUCGCUGCUAUAAUACUGAUACUACCGAUAUUAUAACUGAUUGUCAACCUAAACAUAUUAUUAUUGCUAGCCACAAUUUUUUGUAAUGUUAUAUAAUUAAAUAUAUACAUAUAAUAUAUAUAUACUUUAUAUAUAUACGUAUGUAUCUUCCAAUUUUUGUACACUAAAUGUUAGUUGAAAACGGAAAGAAGAAGACGAGAAAAAGAUGAGCGCUAAAUGAUUUUUUUUUAUAUACAUAUACUAUAUACCUUAUGUACAUAUAGGGUAUAUAUGCCCGAUAUUGGGGCGUAAAUAUAACUAAUGAGUAAUGCUUGAGAUCAUAAAUAUAUAUAUAUAUACAUAAACACAUACAUAUGUA